ACCUGCCUACAUUUUGGGCCACGUCAGGAUUCCAGACUAUCCGAGUGAGAUUAGAGUAGUACCUGUACGGCUUUUCCUCAAUUUUUUGAACAAUGGAGGCUAUCUUCGGUCUUCCAUUUACUGUGUUGGAAUGUCCAAAUAUAAAACUCAAAAGGCCUUCAUUUCUGCAUAUGCCAUCCGCCAUGACGGUCUAUGCACUGGUGAUUGUCUCGUACUUUCUUAUCACAGGAGGGAUUAUCUAUGAUGUGAUUGUUGAACCUCCGAGUGUCGGUUCCAUGACCGACGAACAUGGACACCAGAGGCCCGUAGCUUUUUUAGCAUACAGAGUUAACGGACAGUACAUAAUGGAGGGACUGGCCUCCAGUUUCCUCUUCACUAUGGGUGGCCUGGGUUUCAUCAUCCUGGAUCGCUCCAACGCCCCCAACAUCCCGAAGCUGAACCGCUUCCUGCUGCUCUUCAUCGGCUUCGUCAGCGUGCUGCUCAGCUUCUUCAUGGCCCGUGUCUUCAUGAGGAUGAAGCUGCCGGGUUACCUAAUGGGAUAAGGGAGCUGGUGCUUGCUGCCAGGACAUCAGCUGGACCAGGAUGACAACAGGGGACGCAGAUGCUGAACCAAACAGCACUUUGGAGAUCCAGCUGCAUUUUUGUUAUAAAUUAGGAAAUGUGACACAUUGGUAAUAAAUUUCAUCCCUUGUUCUCUUGAUGCAUAAUCUACAGCUUUUUUUUUUUUUUUUAGUAGACAGACCAGAACCUCAGUGUAUUGCAGUUAGAGUACAGUGAUCUGCACUGGGCGGAGUCGUCAUGGAUUUUAUUUCUAAAUCCUGAAGGUCUUCGUCUCUAAACUUCAAAACUGCUCUUGAUGUAAACAGUCAUUGAAUCUGCAGAACUUCUGUCCAACUGUGUUCGAUGAUCCUUUUUCUAAGACCCGAAAUAAACGUUUGUACUUAACAGGG